AUGCUGUUGACGAGCUCUGCAGGAUUUAUUCUGUUCUGGCUCUCUCAUUGCACUGUGUCAGUGAGCACCAAAGAGGCAGUGGUCUUGGCUAAUGCCCACCUUCUCCCCCAAAGAGGCUAUGAGAGACUGGGUAACACCAAUGGAAAAGACUAUCCAAGGGAUUGUUUUGAGAUUUUUCAGCGCUCCAAAGGAAAUUCCAAAGAUGGUCUUUACAUCAUCCAACCAAAGGAGGACCCAAUUGUUGUCUCUUGUAACAUGCAGGAUGGUGGCUGGACAGUAAUCCAGCACAUUACAGCCAAUAGUACUGUCGACUUUGAUAGGACCUGGCAGGAUUACAAAUAUGGAUUUGGCUCCGUUCAUGACAACCAUUGGUUAGGAAAUGAAUAUAUGCAUCAGUUAACUAGCAGCUCCGUGCAAUAUAUACUUGGAGUUAAACUUGUAAACCUAAAUGCUGAAAUCAAAUGGGGACAGUACGAACCAUUCCUUAUUGAAGAUGAAGAGUCUCAAUACCGAAUCAGGGUUGGUCUAUACAAAGGCAACGCCACUGAUGCUCUGACCCUGGACACAGAAGCUUAUCUCCAUGACAACCAGAAGUUUACCACCAAGGACAGAGACAAUGACAAUUACUUUCAGAAUUGUGCUAAAUUGGAACACAAUGGCAUUCCCGGGGGAGGCUGGUGGUACGACGCGUGUGCUGGAGCAAAUCUAAACCGUAGGAACGUGAUAUAUUGGCAAAAGGACUGCAACAAGCAACGCAUUUGCAAGUUUGCAUGGAUGAUGAUCAAACCCAUUGACCACAGCCUGUCAUAUCCAACCAAGUCCUGUCCAUGUCAGAAAGUUGAACUGUAG